AAAAUUACAUCAGCUAAAAUAAGGCAGGCCGGGUUUAAAAUAAAGUUUAAUCAUAUUAUUGUAGAAAACAUAAUUGCAAUCAGAUAAAAAAAAAGUGAUGGAAUAGACACCAGUUUGUAUCGUGCACAACUUCAUAUAUUUAUAGUCCGUGGGAUUGAGGGAAACUUAUAAAAUUUUCAAAUAACACGAGUAAGUACAACGAAAAUGAAUGGGACACAAAAAAAAGGAGCAGCAGCUGUAGAUCAAGGUGAAAAAUUGAUCCGACAAUCGAGUAAUGGAUCUGUGGGUCAUACAACCGGAGAUCGCAAACCGGAAGGACGGGUGUUAGUUAUUUAUACCGGAGGUACUAUUGGUAUGAUUAGAAAUGAGCAAGGAGUUCUAGCACCGCUGCCUAAUGCUUUUGUUGAAGCAGUCAAGAGUUAUCCUCAUAUGCACGAUCGUAUUUAUGCUGAAGAAACGUUAGGAUAUUUGGAUUCUCUAGUAUUGCCAUUAAAGGGAACAGAUAGUCGACGAGUAAUUUAUGAUAUCAUGGAAUAUUCUCCGCUAUUAGACUCUAGCAAUAUGACAAUGGAUGAUUGGAUAAAGAUAGCAACCGACAUACGAGAAUCGUAUGAAAAUUACGACGGAUUUGUCGUGCUCCACGGGACAGAUACUCUGAGUUACACAGCGUCAGCACUUUCAUUCAUGCUCGAGGCACUCGGUAAAAUAGUCGUGAUAACUGGGUCCCAAUUACCGAUUUUUGACACGCGCAGUGAUGGCCUUCACAAUUUUUUAACAUCUCUAGUAAUUGCUGGUAAUUACAACAUACCAGAGGUCUGCGUAUUUUUCGGAUCACAUCUUCUGCGAGGAAAUCGCACCAGUAAAGCAGCUGCUGCAUCAUUUGAUGCCUUUACGUCUCCCAAUUGUACACCACUCGCCAUUGCCGGUAUUAAAAUUGAAGUUAAUUAUCAGUCGAUCUUCCGACCUUGUGCUCUGGAAAAGUUUUAUGUACACAAGACGUUGAAUCGUAACGUUGGUCUGCUGAGAAUUUUCCCGAGUAUUACGACUGAUUUAGUCAGAGCAUUUGUUCAACCGCCUAUCGAAGGAGUUAUCCUCCAGACAUAUGGAGCUGGAAAUAUUCCAGGGAACCGCGACGAUAUACUCAAAGUAUUCCGCGAUGCCACUAAACGUGGUGUUAUUAUUGUUAACACCACGCAGUGUUCAAAAGACGGGGUCACAGAUUUAUAUGAAGCCGGAAAAGUAUUAUCUGAUGCUGGUGUUACUUUGGGCUAUGAUAUGACACCAGAAGCAGCCUUAACAAAACUAGCUUACGUUUUAUCAAAAACGGAAUGGGAUAUUGUCACAAAACGACGUAUGAUGGAGACAAAUUUACGGGGCGAAGUAACAACUCACCACUGCGUAAAAAUACAAGACCGCAAAGUUAUCAUGCGUAUGCUUGGUUUUAAUUCAGAAGCUGAAAUUGAUAAACUUGGGCCAAUUAUAUUUCCCGCAUUGAUGAUUGACGCAGUGAUUAAUCGCGACAUUGAAAAAAUCGCAUCAUUAAAAGAUAAUGGUGUCGAUGUAUCUCAACUUAAUGGAGAUUCUCGUACGGGUUUGCACAUCGCUUGCUGUGAUGGAGACAUUAAAUUAGUAAGAGCGCUAUUAGAAAUGGGUGCUAAUGUUCACAUCAAAGACAGAUUUGAUCGCACUCCGCUUACUGAAGCCGUGGAAAAUGAUCACCAUGAGAUAAUUAAAUUACUUCGUCAGUGCGGGGCUCAUCUUCACGAGAGCUCACUAUUAAUAGGCCAAAAAUUAUGUAACGCAGCUGCCUUUGGGAAUCUUAAACGUCUCCAGUCAUACGAUAUAGCUGGUGCAGAUUUAUCGCAACCAGAUGUUUCUGGUCGGACAGCCCUUCAUAAUGCAGCGAUUCACAACAAAACUGAGAUCGCACGCUUUCUUAUUGAACACGGAAGCGAUCCAGAGUGCACAGACUUAUUAGGACAUACGCCGUUUGUUUUAGCGCGACUUGUUAAUGCCAAGACUGUACUUAAAAUUCUAUCAAAUUCAAAUUUUGUAAAUAAUACAAACAGUACUGUGACGUAGUCAUAAAAUAUAUAUAUAUUGCUGGAUUA